GGUCUUGGAUUCAGCAUUGUGGGAGGUCAGGAUUCUGCUCGUGGACGCAUGGGGAUUUUUGUGAAGACGAUAUUCCCAAAUGGAGCAGCGGCUGCUGAUGGCAGGCUUAAAGAAGGGGAUGAAAUCCUAGAAGUUAAUGGAGAGUCUCUACAAGGGCUGACCCAUCAGGAGGCCAUUCAGAGGUUUAAGCAACUCAAGAAAGGAGUGGUGACCCUGACUGUGCGCACACGGCUGCGCAGCCCGAGCCUCACGCCCUGUGCGACUCCCACCUUACUGAGCCGCUCCAGCUCCCCCAGCUCCAGCGCCAGCACACCGGUCCCUGGCCCCGACGAGGUAGACAGUUCCUCCUCCAGCCGCAAAGGACCCGGCCCAAAGGACAGAAUUGUCAUGGAUGUGACACUCAAUAAAGAGCCAGGGGUUGGGCUCGGCAUUGGUGCCUGUUGUCUCACGCUGGAAAACGGUUGUCCAGGGAUAUACAUUCACAGCCUGGCCCCAGGAUCAGUGGCUAAAAUGGAUGGCAGAUUAAGUCGGGGUGACCAGAUCCUGGAGGCAGAUUCAGUGAGCCUGCGUCACGCGGCGUUAAGUGAAGCCUACGCCAUCCUGAGCGAAUGUGGUCCAGGUCCUGUCAGCCUUAUCAUUAGUCGGCAUCCUAACCCAAAGGUUUCUGAGCAGGAGAUGGAUGAAGCAAUCGCACGUACUACUCACCGAGAGAGCAAGGAUGCCAGCUCCUCUCAUGUCACAGGAGCUGUACAAAAAAGCCCGUCUCCUAAUGUGAAGACCAAACAAGGAGAGACCUCAUCUCCCCUUGGCUGGACUAUGAAACGCUUCCUGGAGCCAGCAAGCCGGGGAUCUGUCAGCUCCGAGGCAGAGCUUUCACAGUACUUCUCGCACGACAGUAUGGGCCAGCUCCCAUUUUCUGAUGCUCUAACCGGCUCCUGUGACGAAGAGCAGCUUCGUCAGAAGAACAGAAACAGUUUAUUGGGUGAUGGCUCUCUUCUUCCUGGCAACCUGACUGCUAGAGAAGCAGGAGUGUCAAAAGCAAAUGGUCUGGCUUCUCCAGCUAGUGGGAGAUCGUCUGGCCUUCUCAACAAGCACAUGGAGUCUGUCCGACCCGGCAUCCUCAGCAACAGCACCAAAACUGCCCGCAGCCCCUUUCACCGACAGAGAAGGGUUGUUUUCUAUGAUGGUGAUGUUAGUGAUGACGAUGAAAGUUCCCACUUGCAAAGAAGCCAGAGGGCCAAGAGCCAGGAGGACGCUGGUGUUGUUGUUACAACCUCAUCCGUAGAAAUUGAUGAUGAGAGCCAGGACAGUGAGUCACCUAGAUAUAGUGGCAUGGAGAGGUGUUCACCUGUCUUCAGCAACUCUCUGGAGUAUGCAGACAGCACGCGGGAGCAGAGUGACUCUUCUUUCUUCCCCAUAAUAGCAUUUGAUUACUCAAGUAUGCCUGAAGGUCGUCUUGGCAGCCUGAGUUUGAAGGAGCUCUGGGAAGCGCAGCUCGAAUCCAAGCGGUCCCCAAAACUUGAGCACAGAGCAGUCACAAGAGUGAAAAGCAUGAUGAGCACUGAGUGCCGAAGCCUUCAGAGACAGAGGACUGAGGAGCAUGGCGCUUAUAACAAGCCUGUUGUGAGGACGCUCCCACACAGCAAGAAGUGUGAAGCACCUGAUGGGGCCGGGCAGGGCCAGGGUGAAGUAGUCACUCUGGUUCGCAGUGAGCAUGAGUCAUUCGGCCUGGAUUUGGAAAUCCAGGCCAUACCCUUAAAGGUUGUUGUCACAGGACUGCGGCCAGGUGGAGCAGCAGAAAUGGGAUCAAUGGGCAAGAUGGCUGUAGGAGAUGAGAUUACCACCAUCAACAGUAUCCCAGUAUGUAAGAUGACGUACAAGGAAGUCUGCUUGCUUAUGCAGUGUCUUCCCACAUCCAUAACCCUGGAGAUCCAGAAAGCAACAUCAGCUGUCAGCAGAUAUACAAACCUCAUCCUGUCUCCAGUAGUGAGUCAAAAUCGGGCCGAUGUCAACAGCAUCCCUGCAACUGAAGAAGAACCCAGCGCUGGGAAGCAAGAAGGAGCAGAUUUGCAAAAUACUGGAGGUGGCUGUGCGGUGGAGAGAACAACACUGCCACCUGAUGCCAUGAGCAAAGACGUGCAAAGAGGCACCAUGAAAAGCAGCUGUGCAGAGGACUGCGCUGCAGUCCCUGUCACUGAUAUUGAUGACUUGCUCAGCCAAAUGGGUGCUCCUGAGAGCAGGGCUUCACGCACCCCGUCGCGAGCGGAAAGCCCCCUCCGAGAUGAGUACACCACGAUGUGCUGCUGUGGCACUGACGAAGGCUGUCCUGGAUCUGAGCCACAGCCAGACAAGGAGGAGCUGCUGGAAAAAAAUGUGAAUUGUGGAGCUAAUGCACAAGGGGUCUUGGGGCUGUCAGUGUUGGACUCCAUUAAUACAGGCAAACUUUUUACUGUGAAUAAAAACUCUUUAAAUAACUAUUCUAGGAAUUUUAGCAGUUUGAAUGAGGAUGAGCUACCUGCAGCAAACUCUGUGGAAGAUAAGAGAAGUGACCUGUUUCCGAAGUCUAUGUAUGGGGCUGCAGAGGAUUCUCACUCAGACUCGGAGUCUGUCACAGAAACUUUUGACAGUACUAAUGAGAUGCUGCUUGGGCCAUGCUCUGCUGCUAACACCCCCGCAGUCUGUACUGUAAUGGAGUCAGAUGAGGAGCAAAUUGAGAUUUGUUGCAUGAACAAUGAGCCACAAAAGCCUGUACAGGAGCAGCAUCUCACAUCUGCAACAAGUUCAUCUUCUCUGUCCUCACUGCACCCUUACAGCAGCAAAGCUUUGCAAACUGAGGGCUGUGCAACGUGUGGGUCACUGGAGACAGGCAUCAACAAACUAGGCUUGGAGGAUCACGGUGGUCCCACUCCAUGUCUCCCACAGUGUUCAGAUGUAUCCUCCACAUCCUCUUGUCCUCCUUCCUCAGUUUUCCUGCCACAAAAAGACAUCCUAAAGAAUUCAGUCAACAUCCCUGAAGUUUACUCUUUCUGCAACAACGGUGCCUUAAGUACAGAAGAACAGAUGAGUUUGGGGAACAGUAAUGGACAUAUGAAGUGCUGUGAAUCCACUGAAGAGGAAGGGUCUGUGCACUGCAAAAGAAUAAGCUUUUGCUCUGCUAGAAAUGUCAAUGGCUUGGAGAACAACUUGCUUGAGAAAGAAGAUGAGCAGAGAUGCAAAUCUGAAAGUGAAACAGUGGUUGAUGACUGUAAUCAUCCUGUUAAUAAUUCCUUAGUGAAGAAGGAAACGAACAGUUUGUCCAACUUGUCUAAAACAGACACCAAUCACAUGAAUGCAUCAUCACCAAGAGCAAUAUCACUCAGGUCUCCCUUUUCCACUAGAUCUAAAGAUCCAAAGAGCAGCACAACUCAUGACUUUCCAGGGAAAAAUGAGAAAACUAACUCUGUAACUUCAGGAAAAACUUCAAAUGGAAAAGUCCAAAGCUCAGGCACAAACCACUGCAAAGGAGCUGCAGUACCGCACAGCCCAUCCUCGCAGAAAAAAUCCUGUCAGGAGUCUAGGGGAAUGGCACAAAAAAGUAUAAUGGACACCCUUUUAAAUAACCAGAAGACCAGAGCAGGACCAAAGCUAAAAGGGUUCACCAUCAAAAGCAAAGCAAAGGCAAAUUCAGAUUCUUCUGGCAUUAAUCCUACCAAAGUCAGUGGGGCUGAUCAGAAAAGAAUUUCUGUUUCUCCACAGCUGUCCCCUAAACUCCUGGGGAAGAAAACACCAUUGUCUCGUAAUUCGCCUACAAACCCUGAUCCUGGCAAGAGCAUUUCAGCAGCCUCAAGGACUCUGAAGUCAGAGCCGGAAAACAAGCCAUCUCUGGUCAUUUCUGAAGAUUCACUUCUGCCUCUCCUGAAUGGGACCGGCAGCCAAACAGCAAGCGGUGAAACGGAGUGUGGCUGUGGGGAGCUAACAGACCUGCAUCAGGCAUGGGGAAAGCCAAAAGAAAAGCAAGUUUCCAUGCAGUCUGCAGUGUGUCAGGGUAAGGGUGCUAACGUGGAUGAUUUUGGAGCCAGAGACAGUCAGUCCAAAGUCACUUCAUCUCCUCAGGGAAUACCGAAAGUUGAAUAUGUGAAGGGGAGGACUGAGAACCCUGGAACAGGGCUGAACACUAUCAAGACCAUCUAUAGUGCAGAUGACCUUAGGCAGUUAGAUCUGCAAAACACAAGACCAUCUGCUGGAGGCUCUUCUUCGUUGAGGUCUCCUCAGCAGGGUCAGCUGGAAGGGCAGGAGAUCCAGCGCACUUUCAUUGAGGUGAAGCUUUCCUCCUCAUCAUCCUCUUCGUCCUCUUCCUCUGCGUCUUCCUCACCAGCAUCAUUUCUGCAGCUGCCGUUGCUGGAGAAAACAGAAGAGGCAAAUGCAGAAGUGCCUCGACUGACAGAGGAGAUGGGGACCCUGCAGUAUUUCUCGAAAGUGGACACUGCUGGAGACAGAAAUAUCUAUGGCUUGUCGAAACCUGUGACAAGGACCUACUCUAUGCCGGCCCAGUUGUCGGGUCACUUGGGGGAGGACUGCCAUGUUGCAGAGGUUCACCCUGUGCAAGGACCUGAGGGCCAUGCUGUGGAAGAGAAAUACCCCCAGGUGGCGACGGAGACAUUAAAGAUGGCCCAUCUCAACCCGCUGGAUGGCCAGAGCGGGAAGGAGCAGGCAUACAUCUCCAAAAGCACCCCGAGGGUCCAUGACACACCCCCCUCAGCCAGUGAAAUUAGCUGCCCUGACACUAACAAACUGAGGAGCUUCAGGAGUAAUUACUACUACUAUGAGCUGAACUGGCAGCAUGAAUCUACCUCAUCCUUCUCAGUCAAACAGAGGAUCAAAUCAUUUGAAAACCUGGCAAAUUUCGACCGGCCCAUUGUGAAGGCCAUUGAUAUACACUCAGCUGCAAGGUCCCCCCUCGCCAGGAGGUCGUGUGGUGGGAUAGCCACCACGGCCAGCCCUGCAGAGAUGCGAGGCCUGGGGCGGCCCCCGCUGUCCCGCUCCAGGCUGAGGGAGCUGAGGGCGCUCAGCAUGCCUGACCUGGACAAGCUGUGCGGAGAGGGCUUCUCAGGGCCGCCGCAGCCUGCCUGUUUCAAGACAGAGCUGGAAAUCACGCCUCGCAGAGCCCUCGGCAUGGCUGCCCGUGCAGCCCGCCUAGCCCCCUGCAGCCCCACUGAGGCGGGUGCCAUGGGGAUGGGCACCCGGCGCCCUCAGGACAGCAGCUCAGGAACACCAGGGUCUGCCUCAGAUGACAACAUGCCCCAUGGCAGCUCUCCGGGUGGGGAGCACUCAGAAAACAGCUGGUCCAUCAGCUUGGAUCAGCUCCUCAUCUCAUGCCUGGACCAGCAAAAACUGCAAUCUGUUUUCUCAGCAGUUGUACCAAAAUACGACGUUGCUGCUGUGCUCCAAGAAGUCAAAGCACAAGUAAAGAGCAAAGAAGACACAUACUUUGUAGUCUUGCACAAAGAAGAAGGAGCUGGCCUGGGAUUUAGUGUGGCUGGAGGAGUAGAUCUGGAAGAGAAAUCAGUCACA